ACUUCCCAAAUAUAUUACGGUCAGAAGGCGGGAUAACUAGUUCAAAUCAGGCGAAAGACUCGGUUAGAAUACUGUCUCGAAGGAUUUUGUUUUGCCUCUAAAGAAAAAAUGGCUGGCGGAAAAGCUGGAAAGGACUCCGGGAAGGCGAGGACAAAGGCCGUUUCGCGCUCGCAGAGAGCCGGUCUGCAGUUCCCAGUCGGCCGUAUUCACAGACACCUGAAGUCCAGGACUACAAGUCACGGACGCGUUGGAGCAACCGCAGCGGUGUACAGCGCCGCUAUCCUGGAGUACUUGACUGCUGAGGUGCUUGAGUUGGCAGGAAACGCAUCUAAGGAUCUUAAAGUGAAGCGUAUCACCCCUCGCCACUUGCAGCUCGCCAUCAGAGGAGACGAGGAGUUGGACUCGCUUAUCAAAGCGACCAUCGCCGGCGGUGGUGUCAUUCCACACAUCCACAAGUCCCUGAUCGGAAAGAAAGGCCAACAGAAGACCGUAUAACUGCGUGGAGACCCAUGUUGAAGUCACUCUCAGGACCUUAAGCUGAACGUGGUUCCCCUUUGUAUUGCUGUCUAUGUGUAGUUGUAUAGAGUUCCCCCUGUGUGUUCUCCCAUUUUAAUUUUAUUUUUUUAACUAUGCCCAAGCUUUGCAUCUACUCAUUUUUGGGGUGUUUUUUAAAACGUGGCUUCAGAGAAGCUGGUUUUCUUUUCUUUGUAUUUGUUUUGGUACUGUAGAUUUAAUGUACUCCAGUUUGUUUGUGUACAUUUUGCAUAUUACUUUAUCCAUUGAUUUUAGGUUUGUAUGCAAAUAAAGCUAAAAAUUACACUG